AAUUGAUAUUUUUCUCCCCCAGCUGGCUGAGCAAGUAGAUCACUUCUUCUCCUCCAUUCAAUGUUUUUCUUUUGCUUUUCAAGAGAAACGCAUUGGUCUUUCUCUUAUAAAAUGGAGUUCUGCAGACAACUCUCUGGUUCAGUUUCUAUAUUCUGAACAGCUCUUCUUUUCUCUGUCAAAUUUUCUUUUAGCUAGGCUUUGAUUUUGUCCAUUGUCAUAGAAAGUUCUCUGAGAUCGUUACUGGCCUCUCUUAUUUCUCAAAAGUGGGCUCUAUACCCAAAACAAGCGGCUACAACAGCUGAAGUUCUAUUAUCAAAGAAGAAAGAUGCUGCUCAGAAGUUCUUCAACACCAUUACUCGGAUCCCUCCACUCAGAAAGUCCCAACAACAACCUCAAUCACUAUGAAACCUGUAUUACCCUCAAGCACCCACCACCCACCAUCCACCAAAGCCACCACAAGCUCUCACUCCACCAAGCUGGGUCUCUCAACCUCUCCUCAUUCUCUCGCAACACCUCCCCAAUCUCUCCCUCCAUUGCUGACCUCGACCGGAAUAAAGGCUUUCGAAGAGCUCAGUCUGAAGGAAACUUGGAAGGACUAGCCUAUGCUUCUUGCAGCAACAAGUUCUUCAUGUUGCAAACUAUACCAUCUACGAGAGGUGAAUGCGAAGAUGACGAAGAAGAAGAGGAUGAAGAAGAAGAUUAUUAUACAGAGGAUGAUGAAGAGAGAGAUGAGUUAGAGGAAGAUGAAAAACCACUGUGGAGGAAUGAAAGAGGUGAAGAGAUGGUCAUGGCGAUGGAAGCACAAGCUCUUGGUCUAGAGAACAAAACAAGAAACCUGACUCUGACAGAGGAGGCCAGUGUUAGGGAGGAAAUUUGGAAUCUGGGUUUUGGACGUGGUCAAGGGAUGGAAGGAGGGCCAGGUGUUGGUGUUGGUGUUGGAGGAGGCGGCGGAGGCGGUGGGGGCAGAGGAGAAUUCAACUCAACAGGGUCCGGUGGGGAUUGCGGGGACAAUCAAGGAGGGGUUGAGGAGCAUUUUAAGAGGAUGGUGGAGGAAAAUCCUGGAAACCCUUUGUGUUUGAGAAAUUAUGCUCAAUUUCUGUAUCAGUCCAAGAGAGAUCUUCAGGGGGCAGAAGAGUAUUACUCUCGUGCAAUACUAGCAGAUCCCAAGGACGGUGAAGUUCUAUCACAAUGUGCUAAGCUAGUAUGGGAGCUCAGUCAUGACCAAGAUAGGGCUUCAAGCUACUUUGAACGAGCAGUUCAAGCUUCUCCUCAAGAUAGCCAUGUUCAUGCAGCAUAUGCAAGUUUUCUCUGGGAAGCAGAGGAAUAUGUGGAUGAAAGUGUUGUGCCAGAAGAGAUCCAAGUCAUGCAAUCACAUUUUCAUGGAGCUGUCGCUUCUGCAAGUGCUUAAAAAUUGGGUUGUGGGAGCCUUGUGAGCAAGGCACAUAGGUUUUGAACCUUCUGCAAGUUCAACCUUGAGAGAGAGAGAGGAUGGCAAUUCUUUCUGAGCUAUUGGCUGGUUAGAGGAUAGCAUUAUUCAAGAAUAAGAAUGGCCUUCCUAUCGUGUAUGUGUAUAGACAUUGUUUAUGUAUACAGGUAAA